GGAAAUGUCAAGUCUUGGAAAUAAGGGCUUUUAUUUAGAAGGAUUUCUUAUUACCAUACCGGAAAUGACGCCAUCGACAUGCUCCCCGAGGUCAAAGGGUAUAUAUCAGAACACGUCGGAAGAAAAGUCACAGACGAUAUAAUAAAAUAUAUUUAGGGUAAUCAGGUAUUUUGUAUGCGUAUAUAGCGAAAUUAUAUUCGCUUUGUAGAUAGGUAUAGCCAGAACCAUGUAGUCGUUAGCUAGCUAGGUCCACAUGGAUAGUUAGCCCACGCUGAUCUAGCUAGCUCCGCUAACGUUAGCUGUUUUGUACACCGCUAGCUGUAGCUGUUGUAGCGUGGACUGUAAGAUAAACCCAAUCUUUAAGUCCACGCUAUAACAGCCAUUGGGUUUAUUAUGCUUGCUAGUUACGUCCCGACUGAUUUGCUCCAAUGUUGGUAUUGAUUUGGGUCCCCUACACAACAUGAAUAGAAUAGCUAAGUACAGUAACUAGCUAGCCAGCUAACUCAUGCUAACAGCAAUGGCCAAGUUCCAGGCUGAUCUCAAAACGGCUGGUUAUAUGUUUUAAAUUUCAGCUAAUAAUGACAUGAAAUUACAGAUGAGUGUUUUGAUGUACAAAUAUUUUUUACAGGUACUUUAAGUCCUACUAUUGACGGCAUUGUCGUUGUUGCCGCACGAGCAGGACAAUAUGAAUCCGCUCAGUUCAGAGAAGGAAACAUUGAUGGAUGAAAUCGAAAAGAGUUUAUGGAAUUUAACUGAGGACAAUUUACGCUACAUGUGUGAACGUUGUGGAAUGGAUGGCUCUGAAAUUAAAGUUAUGAAUCAUCGCUUAUUAAGGCGUAAAGUCAUGGAGGAAAUGUGGGACAAUACGGAGUCAAUGAAAUCAGAGGAGCAGGGAAUGUCUUGGUUAGUCCAACUUAAAGACGACAUCAGGAGGAUACAGGAGGAUGGUAACCCGGACGGCGCUGGGCCACUCGUGAGUCCCAGCCAAGCCGAUGAUGUAGACUGCAACGAAGAACACAAGGGAGACGGGGACUGGUUGCCUAGCAACGGACUGACAGCGGAGCCCCAGCAUCCCGGCCAAUGUGAUGAUGAUGAUGAUGUAGAGGGAGUAGCUGGGUUGCCUUGCAAUGGACUGGAGGCAGAGUCAGCUCCAGAGAGGAACAGUUAUGACAAGCCUCCACCUCCACCCUCCCCUCUCCCAGAGUCCCCAGGUCGUGCCUCUCCCGGCAGGGCCUUGUUGUGCGGUCUGAAGAGGGUGUCUGUACGGCUCGACGACUGCAGGAAGACACCAGGGCAGAGUAGCCAUAUAAUACACAAGACAACACAGACAGGAGAGAAACCCCACAGCUCAUCUAAUGCUGAACAUAUCUGUGAUCACUGUGGGAAGAAUUUUGUCACGGCUACCAAUCUAAAAACACAUUUACUGUGUCUGACUGGAGAGAAACCACACAUGUGCUCUGAAUGUGGAAAGAGAUUCACGCAGGCCGGCAAUCUUAAGAGACACCAGAGAACUCAUACUGGGGAGAAACCGUUUGUUUGUCCUCGUUGUGGGAAAGACUACAAUGAUUCUGGAAACUUAAAGAAACACAUGAGAUCUCAUGUUGUUAAACAACACACAGGGAACCCCACGGUGAAACCGUACCUCUGCUCUGAAUGUGGGAAGCAAUUCUUUGGAAAACAAAGCCUUGAAUAUCACCGGGAGGUUUUUCACACAGAUCACCCUCACCGCUGUGGUCAAUGUAAGAAGAGCUUCAUAACUGCAGCAAGAUUGGAAUCACACACAAAAACACGACACCCGCCAAGUGAUCCUCUGAAGAAUCCACACGUGUGCUUGGAAUGUGGAAGGGGAUUCCCUGUGGCUGCUAGUCUUAAAAGACACCUGAGAAUUCAUUCUGAGGAGAAACCGUACGUUUGCCCUCAGUGUGGAAACGGUUACAGUGAUCGUGGAAAUUUAAAGAAACACAUCAGAACUCACACAGAAGAGAAACCCUACCACUGCUUGGUGUGCGGGAUGAAGUUUCGUCAUACAAAAACGUUACAACGGCAUCACCAGGAGAACCACAAGGGGGAGACACUGGGUCCCAUCCAAAGGCAUCAAGACCCUCUUCCAUGCCCCCACUGCGGGGAGAAGUUCUCUACCAAGGCUCUUCUAAAGGAUCAUCUACGGACCCACCCUACCCGGGUCCACUGCUCUCAGUGUGACAAGACCUUCUCCAAUAAAGGUAACUUACUUGUUCAUCAAAGGAAACACACUGGAGAGAGGCCUUACCUUUGCCCUCAGUGUGGGAAGAGUUUCUCUCUGGCAGGGAGUUUAAAACUUCAUCUCCGGAUUCAUGCUGGUGAGAAACCUUACUGCUGUACUUACUGUGACAAGAGAUUUACAAGGAAGGGCCACUGCAAUAGCCACAUGCGAAUCCACACUGGAGAGAAGCCGUACCAAUGCUCUGACUGCGGGAGGAGGUUUGCUGACGGUAAUGUCCUGAAAAACCACCGGCGGACCCACACAGGAGAGAAACCGUUCCAGUGUCGCAUGUGCGAUAAAGCCUUUGCCCAGUUGACCAGUCUGAAGAAACAUCAGGAGACACACAGCCAUAAUCACACUGUGCGAUAAAGCCUUGGCCAGUUGCGCAGUAUGAAGAAACGUCAAGAGACACAGAUUCAUCCCAUCUCUGUCAGGAAUCCCUACGUACCACACAUUCAGUCCAUCCCUAAUACUUACCCACCACGUACCACACAAUCAGUCCAUCCCUAAUACUUACCCACCACGUACCACACAACCAGUCCAUCCCGAAUACUUACCCACCACGUACCACACAACCAGUCCAUCCCGAAUACUUACCCACCACGUACCACACAAUCAGUCCAUUCCUAAUACUUACCCACCACAUCCCUUUGGCCCUCACCUUUUCCAUGUUGGCAGUUCUAGGGAGGGGUUUGGGACCAGGUGACUGAAGUUACCAAAGACAAACAGCUGGAAAUACAAUUUUGUCUCGCUGACUUCCUCUCAUUAGUGCCAUCGGAAGGCAUUGGAUCAGGUAUCUUCUUGAUCUCUGGGUUUAAAAGACUCGUCAGCAAUCUUACCACCAUGACCAGUUCUUUUUAAAUGACAAAUGUGGGUAUCCUGUUAGCCUGACAUCCAGACCUGUUUUGUGCUAAUAUUCCACUCUCCAUGCCAUGUUUGACAUAUUAGAAUCUGAAAAAAUGGAUACUGUGUGGAAUGUAAACACAACUAGAGUGUUACACAGGCUAGUAUGUUGUAUGUAUAACAAACACUAUAUAUUUUUUGUCUCAGACUGAAAUGAUUCUGCUCGGCUCCCUGUUCAAGUUGAGUUCACAUUUUAGCCCGGGAGUUUUUGUAUUAACUGUUGUUAAGAUAUGUUGUCCAUUUGAAUUUAUUGCCGAACCCCAACUAGAGUUAAUAAAAAUGGUAACAGAAA